UAGAGGAUCCGAGACCCGAAAGAAAGCCGCAUAUCGAUCUCGUUGCUCAACGGCCUCUUAGCCAUCAAAUGCUUUGUCGGACUACGUCUUCUUCGUCCUUCAUCUCCAUUAACACUUUCUAGCCCUUUUUCCUUCUAUUCUUCAAAUCAAGUCUCUUUGGCCCUUUCAUUCUCUCUUCUUAUAUGUAGAGUUAGGGUUUUUGUGGUGAUGAAGAAUAAGUUCCAGCUCUUGGUUACUGGAUUCUUUUAUACUUGUUGUUCAAAUAAUCUUAACAUUGUAAAUCAAAUUUUGUUUUGGAGGUCUGAGAAUUAGUGUUUUGGCGAUAUGACAAUGAAUGAGCGGAAGACAAUUGACCUAGAGCAAGGAUGGGAGUUUAUGCAAAAGGGGAUAACAAAGCUGAAGAACAUCCUAGAAGGGUUGCCUGAGCCACAAUUCAGCUCUGAGGACUACAUGAUGCUCUACACGACCAUCUACAACAUGUGUACACAAAAGCCCCCUCAUGAUUACUCCCAACAACUGUAUGACAAGUACCGUGAGUCUUUUGAAGAAUACAUCACUUCGACGGUAUUGCCAUCCUUAAGAGAGAAGCAUGAUGAGUUUAUGUUGAGAGAACUUGUGAAAAGGUGGGCAAACCAUAAAGUCAUGGUUAGGUGGCUUUCUCGUUUCUUCCAUUACCUGGACCGCUACUUUAUUGCUCGGAGAUCACUUCCACCCCUAAAUGAAGUUGGACUCACUUGCUUCCGUGAUCUGGUAUACCAGGAGUUAAAUGGUAAAGUGAGGGAUGCUGUAAUUUCUCUGAUUGACCAGGAGCGUGAGGGAGAGCAGAUUGACCGAGCUUUAUUAAAAAAUGUUUUGGAUAUAUUUGUUGAAAUUGGAAUGGGGCAGAUGGAUUACUAUGAGAAUGACUUUGAAGCAGCCAUGCUUAAAGAUACAGCUGCUUAUUAUUCUCGGAAGGCGUCCAACUGGAUUCUAGAAGAUUCUUGUCCAGAUUAUAUGUUAAAAGCUGAGGAAUGUCUAAAACGGGAGAAAGAUAGGGUUUCUCACUACUUGCAUUCCAGCAGUGAGCCAAAGUUGCUGGAGAAAGUUCAACAUGAGUUGCUGGCUGUAUAUGCAAACCAACUGCUUGAAAAGGAACACUCUGGAUGCCAUGCAUUGCUCAGAGAUGACAAGGUGGAGGAUUUAUCACGAAUGUUUAGGCUCUUUUCCAAAAUUCCCCGAGGCUUAGAUCCUGUUUCCAGUAUAUUUAAGCAGCAUGUUACUGCUGAAGGUACUGCUUUGGUCAAACAAGCUGAAGAUGCAGCAUGCAACAAGAAGGCAGAUAAAAAGGACAUUGUUGGUUUACAAGAACAGGUUUUUGUUAGGAAGGUUAUUGAGCUGCAUGACAAAUAUUUGGCAUAUGUCAAUGAUUGUUUCCAGAACCACACUCUUUUCCACAAGGCAUUGAAAGAAGCUUUUGAAGUCUUCUGCAACAAGGGCGUUGGCGGAAGUUCCAGUGCAGAACUAUUGGCCACUUUCUGUGAUAAUAUUCUUAAGAAAGGUGGGAGUGAGAAACUGAGUGAUGAAGCUAUUGAGGAAACACUGGAAAAGGUGGUAAAGCUGCUUGCUUAUAUCAGUGACAAAGACUUAUUUGCUGAAUUUUAUAGAAAGAAGCUUGCUCGGCGGCUUCUUUUUGAUAAGAGCGCUAAUGAUGAUCAUGAGAGAAGUAUUUUGACAAAGCUGAAGCAGCAAUGUGGUGGUCAGUUCACAUCAAAGAUGGAAGGGAUGGUAACGGAUUUGACAUUAGCAAGGGAAAACCAAACUAGUUUUGAGGAGUACCUAAGCAAUAACUCCAAUGUAAAUCCAGGGAUUGACUUGACAGUUACUGUUUUGACAACUGGCUUCUGGCCAAGUUACAAGUCAUUUGAUUUGAACCUUCCAGCAGAGAUGGUUAAAUGUGUUGAAGUUUUUAGGGAAUUCUAUCAAACAAAAACAAAACACAGAAAACUUACCUUUAUAUACUCUCUGGGUACUUGUAACCUUAUUGGGAAAUUUGAACCAAAAACCAUGGAACUGAUUGUGACCACCUAUCAGGCUUCUGCACUGUUGCUGUUCAACUCUUCUGAUAGAUUGAGUUAUUCAGAGAUCAUGAUUCAAUUGAACUUGACCGAUGAUGAUGUUGUUAGACUGCUCCAUUCUUUGUCAUGUGCAAAGUAUAAGAUUCUAAGCAAAGAACCAAAUACAAAAUCAAUCUCUCCUACUGAUUACUUUGAAUUCAACUCAAAGUUCACUGACAAGAUGAGGAGAAUCAAGAUUCCUUUGCCUCCUGUGGAUGAGAAGAAGAAAGUAAUUGAAGAUGUUGACAAGGACAGACGAUAUGCUAUUGAUGCCUCAAUUGUGCGCAUCAUGAAGAGUCGGAAAGUUUUAGGUCACCAACAGCUGGUUAUGGAGUGUGUUGAGCAGUUGGGCCGCAUGUUCAAGCCCGAUUUCAAGGCAAUCAAAAAGAGGAUUGAAGAUCUGAUUACAAGAGACUAUCUUGAAAGGGACAAAGAUAACCCUAAUUUGUUUAGAUACUUGGCAUAAUGUGGCCUAGUUGAUUAUCCAUGAAUAAUGAAGUGGUGACUGUGGCUGCUGCAAUUUGCACUAAAAGAGACCGUACCUGAAUGAAGAAGCACAAGAAUAUGUGUAAACACCAUUAAUUGAGUGCUGCUUUUUGGUGAUUUCUUAAAAGCAUGAGCUGAGGCUGCUUGUACAUUUUGCCUUCAGAGCCAGGUGUGAAGAACUUCCAUAGAUUGUGCGCGCAUGUUGGAGAAUUGUAAUUGAUUCCAUAAUGAGGUCUAAUGCACCAAUAGGACCAUCCUGUAUCUUUUCCUAUUUACUGCAAGUCUAUCACAUUACUAGGUGCCUGCUUGUUAAUUGUUUCUUUGGUGCCCCACUGGAAGAAGAGAAAAAAAUGUAAUUUAAUUUUAAUUGCAUAAUGUUUUGAUUGUCAGUUUCAGAAACUGUCAGGUGAAUGGUUUUGAAUUUGAAUAUCGUUUCUCAUGCAUUUGUAUAUAUUACUUUUUAACGGGAACACUGAAUUCCUUUCGUUUAAUAGGAUGGAUAAAUUAAUUUUCAACUA